UGUAGAACAGGUCGGUAGGUAGCUCAGGUAAGUCAGCGAUACCGUUAGCGGAGUUGCCCACGGGUAAAGCUUGUCCUAACUGGUCCAACCAGCCCCCUCAGACACACACACACACACACCCUAUUCCUGUGAGAGAAACUCAUUUUCACUCCCGCUCAGGGGAGGUUAAAACCUCGUGUCGGAUGGUUAUUACACACAGUAACAGGUUACUCAUCACAGGAGGAGAUUGCAUCAGUGGGAAAUGUGUUUUGAAGCUCCGUUUAUUUAGUUUAAAACGUUAACUUAAACGUAACCUGACUUAUUAUUAAUAUUUGGUAUACCUGCCCUUUGUUUACCUCAGAAAAUAGAAACAAAAGUGACGAGUAAAGUUGCUGUGUGACUCACUGUGUCUUUGCCAAGGAGUUCGCACGUCCUUUGACCUCGACUUGCAAGGAAGCGCACUUACAAGCACACGCACAGACCUCUGCUGACCCAUGCUUCUGUCUUUCACAAUCAAAAUACUGCAUGCACAGAACCUCCAACACACACUGACCAGCCACAGAAAACACAUUUACAAACCUUGUUCUAACCCUUCUCACAGCUUACCGCAAACACAGCUACUGGAACCCAUAACACACAUUUCACCACUCCCCUCCUUCUUCCACUUCUUCUGCUCUCCCCUGCUCCUCCCCUCUGCAUACCACUGGAGCUGCGCAGGACUUCUCUGCUCUUCCUGAAUUUUAAAAAUUUGUGCAAACCACAACGAGGAAAACUACAACUCUGCUACUGAGUUGUGCUAUCUGGUCACAUAUCAGCAUGAUGGCAACAUGAUCAAAUGUAUGGAAUAUAUUUCUACCACAUAAUUUUCUGGACACAUUAAUAUCAUUAUAAUGAAGAUUCCUGCCUCCUCAAUUAUUUGCAAUUCUUUGGCUUUGACCCCAGAAAGUGCUGACCAGAGAUGCUCACUGAUUAAUCUUUCUGGAUAUCUUCUGCUUCUCCUUACACAGUGAGUGAUCAAGAUGAAAACCACAGACAUUACUUGUUCUAUUAGUAGACAAUAACAAGUAUAGUUCUGCUUACAUAUAUAAGAAAAUAGUAGGGAGUGUAGUGUAUUGAUAUAGACUGAUAUAUAUCGACCAUCCAGCAACAUAAAUGGCUCCUCUGAAGUCAAACCAGACUGUAAUGGGCAGAGAAGCAGGGGAGAGGGAGGCUUCUGGCCUUCCGGAGAAGAGGAAACCCAAGGAGGAAGCAGAAGAGAGUGAUAGUGAGAAGGAGGUGGAAGAGGUGGGCAGAGGUGUGCCGAUCCCUCUGCACCGCUGGGUAAUGCACGGAGCAGUGAUGUUUGGACGUGAGUUCUGCUACGCCAUGGAAACGGCCCUUGUGACGCCAGUGCUGCUGCAGAUAGGUCUUCCGGAGCAAUAUUACAGUUUAACCUGGUUCCUCAGUCCUAUCCUGGGUCUCCUCUUCACACCUGUGAUAGGCUCAGCCAGUGACCGAUGUACUCUGCCAUGGGGCCGGAGAAGACCAUUCAUUCUGGCCCUGUGUGUAGGUGUGCUGCUGGGAGUGGCGCUGUUUUUAAAUGGAUCAUUAAUAGGCCUUUCCAUUGGUGAUAGUCCCAGCAACCAGCCAAUUGGCAUCGUCCUCACUGUACUAGGUGUCGUGGUGCUGGACUUCAGCGCUGAUGCCUCUGAGGGACCAAUCAGAGCUUACCUUCUUGAUGUUGCUGACACCGAGGAGCAAGAUAUGGCCCUGAAUAUUCAUGCCUUCUCUGCUGGGCUCGGCGGAGCAGUGGGCUACAUGCUUGGUGGUCUCGACUGGACUGGCACAGCUCUGGGCCAAGCAUUUAAAUCACAGGAACAGGUCCUCUUCCUGUUUGCAGGCAUCAUCUUCAUUAUCUCUGUCACACUGCACAUGCUCAGUAUCCCUGAGCAACCUUUCAAUCCAUCCAAUGAGUUUAAAGCCACAGGAAGUGGGGAGUCUACCAGCCACUUGUCUUUCAGGCCCAUUGGCCACACGCCACCUUUUCUAGAUGUGAUUGCAGAGGAGGAUGCUUCUGCCUCCCUGUCCCGAGAGGACAACGAAUCGGAUCCUGAGGAAGGGGAAAUGGACUUCCUUGCUGUGGAGCGAGUAAGGAGUAAAAGCGAUUCAAUCUUAGCCAUGCCAGAUGCUACAAUCGAGUUGGAUCCUGACCUCCACCCAGACUCACAACAUUUCCUGCCAGAGGUGCAUCAUUAUCCACCAGAUAUGCCGGGAGAGAUGGACAAUGUUUUCAAGCCAUCGGACCACAUUAUUGGGUCCUCGUCUCCUUCUGGUGGGCAACCCGCCCUUACUGAUGGGACGGUGGGUCCAACAAAUGGUCCUACUUCUCUCCUUCAGCUCAGUUCUGGCUCAGCAGACUCACAUCUGAAAACCCAGCAGGUCAAGGCUGCCAAUGGUGUCAAUGCUGGCUUGUCUUCUUCUGACCACUCCAAUGCAAUGAAAGAGCAGGCCUCCACUAAGCUGGCAAACCGCCCCUCCAACACCUCAGUUUCAUCCCGGCCACACCCACACAUCUUCUACAGACAACCCUCCUUUACUUUCUCCUACUAUGGACGAGUGGGGUCACAGCGCUAUCGACUGCGACGGACAGCACCUUCAAGUCCCCGGCCAAUCGCCACCUCCCGCAGUCUGAAUGAUCUGAGUGACCUCCAGCAGCAUGCGGACAGACGGGAGUUGCACCUGUCAGCUAGCAGUCUGUCAUCCGAGGUCUCCAGCUGUGAGGGAGGACCAGACAAGGGUACAACUGUUCGUCUGCUCUGGUUAUCCAUGUUGAAGAUGCCGAGGCAGCUGUGGAGAUUGUGUGUGUGUCACCUCCUCACGUGGUUCUCCAUUAUAGCUGAAGCUGUGUUUUAUACCGAUUUCAUGGGACAAGUCAUUUACCACGGAGAUCCCACGGCCCCAGCAAAUUCCACAGAGCUACAAAACUAUAACAAAGGAGUACAGAUGGGCUGCUGGGGACUGGUGGUCUACGCUGCUACUGCUGCUGUCUGCUCUGCAAUCCUUCAGAAGUACCUGGAUAAUUUUGAUCUGAGCAUUAAGGUUGUCUACAUUGUUGGAACUCUGGGAUUCUCAAUAGGUACUGCUGUCAUGGCGAUCUUCCCUAAUGUUUAUGUUGCCAUGGUGAUGAUCAGCGGCAUGGGCAUCAUCUCCAUGAGUAUCUCCUACUGUCCUUAUGCAUUACUUGGGCAGUACCAUGAAAUCAAAGAGUAUAUUCAUCACAGUCCAGCAAACACUAGAAGAGGUUUUGGCAUUGACUGCGCUAUCUUAUCCUGCCAGGUCUAUAUCAGCCAGAUUUUGGUUGCAUCGGCCCUUGGAGCUGUGGUAGAAGCAGUGGGCAGUGUGCGUGUCAUUCCUGCAGUGGCCUCUGGGGGCUCCUUUCUUGGCUUCCUUACUGCCUGCUUCCUGGUCAUUUAUCCUGACAUGGAGCCCAGCCACUCAGAGAAGGACCAGGGCUUGGUGGAUUUACCUGGUGGUUCAGACACAAGUGGAGAAAGGACCAAUAACCAGAGGUUGGCUCUGCUGAGCCUCACAGAUGGAGAUAGCUUGAAGGAGACAGGGAAUCACUCUGUUGCCUGAGCAUUAACAUGUAAAGAAUUGUUUGGUUUAUCCUCACUAAGCACAAGCCACAGCAUGUGGGGAUUAUACCAAAUGCACCUGAUUUACAAAUUUGUCAGUCUGUGCCUUUCUGAAGGAGGAAGGGUGACAAAAGAGGAAAAACGUGGCAGAAAUUAGACGUUCUGUCGAUAGAAAAAUGGGUGGGAUGGAUUUGGAUAGAUUAUCUUCUUGGAUGGGGGACUGACAAGAGCAAACAAUCUCCGUUUUUGGUUGCUCUGCUUGUCUUUUUUUGCUACCUCAAACCUAAAACAAAUAGAUGUUUAAUGGUUAGAUGCAGAGAAGUAAGCCAUUGAAACAAAAAAGGGCCACAUGACAGUGAUUUGGUCAGACUGUUGAAACUACGUUCGCCCAGACUACUGAAACAAAUGUAAGCCUUUAUUGCUCAAUCAUAAAUGGAAAGCACACAGAGCACUUUCUGUCUCACCUCUGAACAGUACUGUCACACUGAUGCUGCAGAAUGUCGUAAUGUGGGACAUUUUUACUUCACAGAAGCUGCUCCUUAACUACUUAAUGGACAAUCAUAAUGUUGUAAACACAGAUGUAAAUAUUUGUUCCAGUCUGUUAAUGGAAUACCUUGAUAUUAUAUUGUUAUUAUUUUAUAAAUGCCAGAAAGUUUCACAGUUCUCACACAUUUUAUUCACAUUUAUGAUGUCUGAACCUGUUACAUAGCAAGCUAGUGUGCAAUUAGAAGUGCCCUUUCUUGAUAUUUUUAUGUCUUUACAGAAACACUAAAAUUCUGAAUGCCAUAUUGUACUUUUAUGCCAGAAUUUACAAAAAGAAAUUUAUCAUGGCUGCUCAAAUUUGACCUCAAGUGGUUUUUGGUUUCAGUGUGAUUUGUAUUGCAGGGUGCCAUUUGUUUUGCUUUCAAUUGAAUUCAUUCAAAAAGUGUUCUUAAUUGUACAUUCCAAAUACAGUUGAAAUGGGAUAUAUGUUCACACACGUACACAUUACUCAUAUACAGUAUAUCAAAAAAAAUGUGCUCUGUCAUUGGUAAAGGGAUUGCAGUUUCUGUUUGUAUCUUUGUAUUGAAAGCCAAAUUCCCUUCUCUCACAUUAGUUCAGUUUGCCAUUUUGAUCAUUUGACAGCCAUAAAACUCUGUACUGCUGUACAGAAAGGUACGAUGGAAGAUGAAUAGCUCCCAUACUGCCAGGUUUCAGUUUACCUCCUAAUAACAAACAUGAGAGGCAGCAGAGAGUCUGUGGAAGACUAUUGUGAGCAAUGAGCAGCAUGCAAGAUAAUGUUUACCACAGUCCUUACCACACUUAAACACAUUGGCAGUGUCACAAACAUAGAGCGGUGUUCACAGUGUAAGACAGACAUAUGUACAAUCUGAACUGAACAGCUUAGCCUCUCCUCUCUGAAGGCCCUUCUUCAGUAGAAGACAUAAUGGGAGAGGUUGAAUGUGACAUGGUCUAAAACUGUUCCAGAAACCUGUAGUGCUGCAUAUUGAAUGGUAGAGAGGACCACUUCUAUGCAAGGCCAAACUCUGAAAGCUCUUAUCUAUGCAAACUUGAAAUUCCCUCGACAGGGGACCAAAUUAAGCUUACGGUGAAGCACAGGAUCUUGUCAGUUUGUUUCAGCUCAGAGGAAACAAUGCCACAAGUGAAAACAUUGCACAGCUUCUUUGUUUCACAGCACAAAAGGAUCUAUUUUUAUGACUUAGGGUGAGAUGUCUAUUGUCAUUACACCAUUGAGAGACUUCUGUACUCUGUUUAUGGGUAUUUGGGCAAUGCCAACAGUCUGUUUGGACCUUGUAUCCUGCUAGCUGUGCCAUUGAUUUACCUUUCAUGACAGAAAAGUGUCUUCUAUGGAGUGAUCACCGUCACUGAGGACUUCAGGCCUCAAGAUUUACACAGCCUGAUUUACGAGCACUACAAAGGGAACAACCUCGUUCUGUGGAUAUUUGCAUCAGACAUAAAGGGAAAGUGUUGAGAGAAUUAAUACAACAUUAUAUAGUUUAAUCACUAAUUUCCCUAUAAAUAAUGCUGAUUAUUUUUGUGUGACAUGGGGUGUGUGCCUUUGUGUUCUUUUAAAGCACCUUUUGAAAAGAGCUUUGGGUACAUCAUUUUGUUAGUUUUAGGAGUUAAUUUUUUGCUAAUGUUAUGUUUUCCAAGUAAUAUAACACACAUACAGAUAAUCCUUUGCAUUAUGACAAGUCCCUGAAAAUCAGAAUAGAAAAGGAAUACUCUUUCAUGUAAUCUGUAGACACAUUGAAACUGUCUUCUUCACUUCUUUAUCAGAGGACCAUAAAGAAACAGGCAGCUGAAUCAAAGCCUCUCACUUUCUCUAUAGCUCACAUUCCUUGUACAUUCAUUUAGUUGCUCUAGUCGGGUUCAAUGAAUACUUUCAGCUGGUCUACAUGUUUCAGAGAUGUUUCCACCUCACCGAGAGGCUCCUUUUUUAUUGCCAAACUACUGAAUAAGAAGUUUCUUGGUUUAUUUUGAUUUUAUACAAAUGUUAAAGCUUUUCAGAUGAUAUUCUGUUGCUGUUGAUUUGAAAGUUCUCUUUGCUGCUGUACAGACUUUUGUACAAUGAAAAGGUAUUUUUGUACCAGUUAUUUGAAAAGAACCAAUGAAUGCACCUUCA